GAUACUCCGCCUCCCAUCGCUAUUGUGGGCAUGGCUUUGCGGCUCCCGGGGGGCGUAUCAUCCCCAGAAGGUCUGUGGGACCUGCUCAUUAACAAACGAGACGGUCGGAGUCCGAUACCCAGCAAUCGUUACAAUGUCGAGGCCUUCCAUGGACCACGUGCAAGAAAGGGUGAGGUUGCUUCACAGCAUGGCUACUUCCUAGACGACUCUCUAGAACACCUUGACGCAUCGUUCUUUGCCAUGUCAAAGGCAGAGAUCUCGCAGCUCGACCCACAGCAGAAACUGUUGCUGGAGGUGGUCUAUGAAUGUAUGGAAAGUGCUGGACAAUCGAACUGGAGGGGUAGCAAGGUUGGCUGCUAUGUGGGUGUCUUCGGGGAGGACUGGCUGGAUCUUUGCAACAAAGAUACCCAAUCUUUCGAUAUGUACCGUAUAUCCGGCACUGGAGAUUUUGCGAUCUCGAACAGGAUCUCAUACGAAUAUGACCUAAAAGGGCCAAGCAUGACAAUUCGAACCGGCUGCUCCUCGGCACUUGUCGGUCUGGAUGAAGCUUGUCAGGCCCUGGCCAAUGGCCACUGUACAUCUGCAAUAGUUGCCGGCACGAACAUCAUUAUCAGCCCAACAAUGUCCCAACACAUGACACAGCAGGGCGUAUUGUCUGCUGAAGGGUCGUGCAAGACUUUCGACGCGACUGCUGAUGGAUACGCUCGCGGUGAAGCUAUCAACGCGGUAUACAUAAAAAAACUGAACGAUGCCCUCAGAGAUGGCGAUCCAAUCCGUGCGGUAAUCCGCUCUACAUUUCAGAAUUGUGACGGGAAGACGGCUGGACUCACCAACCCGAGCUCGCAAGCGCACGAGGACAUGAUGCGAACGGCAUACAGCCAAGCCCAGUUACCGGUGUCACGCACUGCGUACGUUGAGUGCCAUGGUACAGGGACGGCGGUUGGUGACCCCCUCGAAACUGUGGCAAUCGGUAAAGUUUUCGGCGGAUCUGGUGUGUAUAUUGGAUCGGUGAAACCAAAUGUUGGUCAUUCAGAAGGUGCUUCCGGCAUCACCAGCCUGAUUAAAGCAGUUCUCGCCCUGGAACACCGGACAAUACCCCCAAACAUCAAGUUCUCGACACCGAACCCAAAAAUCCCUUUCAAGGAGGCCAAUCUGAAGGUCCCUGUGGAGCCAACGCUAUGGCCUGUCGAUCGAGCCGAGAGGGUCAGUGUCAACUCUUUCGGUAUUGGAGGUGCUAACGCUCAUGUCAUACUGGACUCCGCUGCCUCAUUCCUUGGAGCAUGGACCGAAAGACAUGCUCAGGCAACAGGACCAAGGGCGGCAUCUGCCCCUCACCUCCUUGCGCUCUCCGCGAACACUCCCGACUCUCUUCGCAGGCGUGUGACGAAUAUCCAACAGUUUCUAGAGUCUCGUUUCGACGCCCUCAAUGAUAUCGCCCACACUCUAGCGUAUCGUCGCGAGCACCUGCCCUACCGCGCGUUCGGUGUAGUCACCGAGAAGAAACUUCUAAAAUUCUCCAGCUUUCAGAAGAGACCUCGGACUUGCCCUGCAGUGAAUUUUGUAUUCACCGGUCAAGGAGCUCAAUGGGCUGGAAUGGGUGUCGAGCUAAUGGCAACUUUCCCUAGCUUCCAUGAUGACAUGCUUUACCUAAAUAGCGUACUACAUACGCUGCCAGACGGACCUUCGUGGUCUUUGCUAGAGGAGCUGGGCGCCGGGAAGGACUCGUCUCGGAUCAACAAGGCUGAGCUUUCACAGCCACUGUGUACCGCACUGCAAAUUGGCUUGGUGAAUCUGCUAGCAAGAUGGGGUAUCAUUCCCUCAGCUGUGGUGGGCCAUUCCAGCGGAGAAAUUGCCGCAGCGUAUGCAUCAAAGGCAAUCUCUGCCGAAGCUGCGAUCGUCAUUGCAUAUUACCGUGGUAUGGUGACGAGGACUAAGACUUGCGCAGGGGCAAUGGCUGCGAUCGGCCUCGGCCGCGAAGAAGUAGCUAGGUUCUUAGUCGAUGGCGUCGUGGUUGCAUGCGAGAACAGUCCCAAGAGCGUCACCCUCUCCGGCGAUGCCGAAAAACUUGACCAAGUCAUGACUAUCAUGAAGAAAGACCUACCUGACGUGUUUUGCAGACAUCUGAAGGUCGAAAUGGCGUAUCAUUCGCAUCACAUGGGCGAGUUCGGAGAGCAAUACGAGUCUUUGAUGGAACCACAUAUCCACAGCGAGGUGCCGUCUGCUAGGUUCUACUCCAGCAUAUACGGAAAAGUGAUCACGGAUGCUGGCAGACUGGACGCGCCUUACUGGAGAGCAAAUAUGGAAAAUCCCGUGCUCUUCUUCACGGCCAUCAACUCCAUCCUGGAUGCCACCCAAACUGAGUCAAGUAUUUUCCUGGAAGUGGGUCCCCAUUCCGCUCUCGCCGGGCCACUCCGCCAAAUAUUCCAGCAUAAGCAACCUACAGUCACGCCAACAUACAUUUCCACGCUGGCUAGAAGUGAGGACCAGGUCCACAGCAUCCUUUCCACGGCAGGGCAGCUAUUCCAGCAAGGACUGGCUGUGGACUUCAACGCUAUUAAUGGACCCGGUAUAGUCUUGACUGAUCUCCCGUCAUACCCCUGGCAGCACGAUACGAAUUACUGGAAAGAGUCUCGCGUAACGCAAAACUGGAGGUUACGGGUGUUUCCCCACCAUGAGCUUCUCGGGUCGCGCAUCCUGGAAAGCAGCGAUAUCGAACCAUCGUGGAGAAACGUGUUGCACCUGGAUAGCGUGCCUUGGUUGCGAGAUCAUAAGAUUAUCGAGGACAUUGUUUUCCCAGCUGCGGGGUACAUUGCCACUAUUGGUGAGGCGAUUCGCCAAUUGACUGGCGCGAAGGAGUACAGUAUCAAGAGACUCGUUGUCAAGAGUGCGUUUGUUAUGCACGAAGGUCAGAGCUCGGAGUUGGUCACCAGCUUGAAGCCAGUUUCACUGACAGACAGCCUGGACUCAUCAUGGUUUGAUUUCACCAUUGCCUCGCAUGAUGGUGUGAAAUGGACGAAACAUUGCGUUGGACAAGCUCGCGGAGGAUCCACUCAACCAAUGACUUCUAGAAGUAUCGAUGUUCACCCGCGCACAGUGCAGUCGAACGUAUGGUACCCGGCCAUGAAGAGGAUAGGUCUGAACUACGGACCAUGUUUUCGAGGCCUGCGAGAUAUCACUGCUCAUCCUGUCCAACCUGUUGCUACCGCAAACGUGCAACACGACCCAGAAGAACACAACAGCGUCUACGCUACCCAUCCCACCAUCAUCGACCAAAUUCUCCAACUGUUCACCGUGGCAAUGUCCAAUGGGCUGGCGCGACGGCUUGGCAAGCUCGCCAUUCCAGCAGUGAUAGGUGAGCUGUACGUUGGUGAAUGUGGCACAUCCAUCGAAAUGGGAGUAGAAGCACAGUUAACCCCCAAGGGUGCCAUUCAUGGCUCCGCGUUUGCAACAUCGAACGGCAGGCUCGUACUUUCGCUCACCGAAUCGACGUUCAAUCCUCUUGAAACCGACGGUGCUGGCCCGGGGGACCAGGACAAUCUGGCGGCAGUACGAUUGGAGUGGAGGCCAGACAUUAACUUCGUGCCUGCCGCAGAGCUGAUACGUCCUCGAGGAAACAAGAAUGAAUCCAUCCUAUUGGUAGAGAGGGUCGCAGUUUUGUGUAUGAUUGAGACGGCCUCGCGCAUAGCCUCUUUCGAUGUCGCCUCAGAGCAUUUGCAGAAAUUCCGAUCGUGGCUGGAGAUGGAGGUAGCACGCAUGGCAAAUGGGCAAUAUAAUAUUGUUCCUGAGGCCAAAGCAUGGACAAGAGUGUCAUCGGAGGAGCGCCUUAAACUUCUGAGUCAAGCACAAGCACAUGCCUUUGCCAAAGAUGACAGUUCUUCGGUCGCCUCCACUAUUCAAAGUAUACUCGAUAACUGCGAUGACAUCUUUCAUGAUCGCGUUAGCGGAAUCGAGCUUCUGCUACCCAACAACGGGCUCGCCAGCAUCUAUACCUUCUAUCAAGAAAUGGUUGAUUUUUCCGACUACUUCGAGCUCCUCGGUCACUCUCAGCCGACCAUGCGAGUCCUUGAGGUAGGUGCCGGAACAGGAGGCACCACAUCCUGGAUCUUGAAGGCGCUCCAAACAGCUGAAGGAGCCCGUCUGUACUCAAAGUAUCACUACACCGACAUCUCGGCAGGGUUCUUCCCUACCGCAAAGGAGAAGUUCAAGCAGUAUACCGGAAUUGAAUACUCGGUGUUAGACAUUGCCAAAGACGUUGUUGAGCAAGGUUUUGAGCCUGGGACCUACGACGUUGUUGUUGCAUCGAAUGUUCUGCAUGCCACGCCGAGCCUGCACAAAACCUUGACCAACGUGAGAAAGCUUCUUGCGCCAGGAGGUCGGUUGUUCUUGCAAGAGUUGAGUCCGAACCUACGGUGGACGAACUAUAUCAUGGGUAUUCUUCCAGGGUGGUGGCUCGGUGAAGCAGAUUCGCGACCUAACGAGCCUUUUGUGUCCCCAUCGCGGUGGAACGAAGAACUUCGUGCUGCGGGUUUCAGCGGCGUGGACAGUCUUGUGUACGACAAUGCUGAACCGCUUCAGAUCAAUGCAAACAUCUUCUCUACGGUUUUCGAAGCACAAACUCAGCCGGAAAGGGAAAUCAGCCUGCUUUACUAUGCCGAGAAGAGCGCUGCUGCCCAUGAAAUUGCGGAGCAUUUCGUCCAACAAGGUUAUGCGGUGAACUGGCAAACAAUCGACCAAGGACCUAACAUGGACCAAACGACUGUUGUCCUGCUAGACUUAGAUCGUCCAUUCCUCUACAACAUGUCAGCAGACGAUUGGACCAGCAUCCAGACCUUCUUCUCGCACUGCAGUGCCCAAUACAGCCACAUCAUCUGGGUGACGCAAGCUGUUCAGGUCCACUGCUCAAACCCAUCAUACGGUCUACUGCCCGGCUUUGCGCGCUCCCUCCGCUCCGAACUCUCGCUCGAUUUCGCAACGUUCGAGAUCGACAGAUUCGGCACAGAAGCCUGGAAAGCUCUCGUAGGUCUCGCGGAUGGGUUUCAACAACGGCGAAGAAAAGAAACACUCGGCCCUGAAUACGAGUACGCGUUUUUCGACGGGAAGAUACACACUAGCAGGUUCCACUGGAUCUCUUCAAUCGAAGACAACGAUCAAAAUGAAAUGACGGAACCGGAAGCCAGGUUGGAAAUCGGAAAAUACGGACUUUUGGGAUCUCUUACAUGGAAAGAUUUCGAGAAGGAAGGAGUACUGCAAGGUGACGAGGUGGAGGUGCAGGUCCGUAGCGUCGGGCUUAAUUUCAGGGAUGUCCUUGUAAGUCUAGGCAUUGUGGAUGGCCCGAAUCAUAAGCUCGGUCUCGAAGGUUCCGGCGUGAUCACUAGAACUGCCCCAGGAGUCGAUAGAUUGAGUGUCGGUGAUAGAGUGUUUAUCUGCGACAGAGGAUGUCUGUCCACGAAGAUGGUGACUUCAGCCAAGUUGUGCGCGCGUUUACCUGAUGCGCUGAGUUUCGAGGAUGCUGCUACCAUGCCCUGUGUCUACAGUACUGUUAUCCAUUCGCUAGUCAACCUCGGAGGGCUCGAAGACGGACAGACCGUUCUGAUCCAUUCGGCCUGUGGUGGAGUUGGUAUAGCAGCAAUCCAGAUUUGCCGUAUGCUAGGAGCAGAGAUCUUCGCAACGGUAGGCAGCGAAGAGAAAGUUCAAUAUCUCAUCGACACAUUCAGAAUCCCACGCGAUCGGAUUUUCGACUCCAGAAGCUCGUCUUUCCUACCAGACCUUAUGCGCGAAACGAACGGCAAGGGCGUGGACUUGGUUUUGAACUCACUGUCGGGCGAGCUUCUUCACGCGUCCUGGAAGUGCGUAGCACCGUUCGGGAAAAUGCUCGAGAUCGGGAAACGCGACUUCAUCGGGCACGCGCAAUUGAGUAUGGACGUCUUUGAGGCAAAUCGGUCGUUUUGGGGUAUCGACCUCGCGCAACUGAUAGAAGAGAGGCCUCAAACAUGCCAGAGGCUCCUCGAACAGUGUCUCACUUAUUACCGGCAGGGUGGAAUCGAACCAAUUCGACCAGUGAAGGUCUUCCAAGCGACGCAGACUGUCGAUGCAUUCAGAUAUAUGCAAAGUGGCCAACACCUCGGCAAGAUUGUUAUCAACAUGCCCGAAUCCAUGCAGGAGUUGCAAACACAGGCACGACCUCAAGAGAUAAGGUUCUCCGCGAAUGCAUCAUAUCUAUUAGUUGGUGGCCUCGGUGGCCUCGGCCGUGCUGUGUCGACAUGGAUGGUUGAGCGAGGAGCCCGGAGUUUCGUAUAUCUCUCCAGGUCAGCGGGAUCUACAGCCGACGAUAAAAUAUUCUUUAAAGAGCUCGAAGCGCAAGGCUGCGAAGCGGUCGCAAUUGCUGGCAGCGUAACUUCUGAGGAUGACGUAAAGAGCGCGAUAGCAUUAGCUGAGAAACCCAUCUCUGGUAUCAUACAGCUUUCCAUGGUACUGAGAGACCAGAACUUUCUGAAGAUGAAUCACGAAGAUUGGGAGACGCCACUUUCUUCCAAGGUCCACGGCACUUGGAACCUACACAAUGCAUUCCAAGACACCAAACUGGAUUUCUUCCUCCUCUUCAGCUCCCUCUCCGGGAUAGUGGGUCAAUGGGGUCAAAGCAACUACGCCGCUUCUAACACGUUCCUCGACUCCUUCGUCCAAUAUCGACAUAGCCUAGGGCUACCGGCAUCUGUAAUCGACGUAGGCGUAAUGGAGGACAUAGGCUAUGUAAGCCAGAACGCUGCAGUACUAGAGAUGUUCCGUUCGUACAGCAUGCACGGACUGAAGGAAUCAGAUCUCCUUCGGGCCAUCGAAAUCUCCAUCACAAGAUCAAUUCCAGGGCUACGGACAGCCGGGAGAUACUGCAACUUGGGUCAAUUGACGACCGGACUGGCUUCGAGGAAGUCUAUCAUGGAUUCCAGCAACAGAGCAGUCUGGAAACACGACGUACGUAUGGCGCUUUACAGGAAUCGCGAACCAGAGAAGCAGUCUAGCUCCAGUACAGCCAGCGAGGGUUUGAAAGACUUUUUGGCUUCGAUCGCCGCCACUCCUGCAAUGCUCGACGAGAAAGAGAAUGCAGACUUCCUCACACAGGAGAUUGGAAAGCGUAUAAGAUCAUUCAUGAUCCAAUCGGAUGAAGAAGUGGAUAUCAAAAUGUCGCUCUCGGAUAUGGGCGUCGACUCGCUGGUCAGUAUUGAGAUUCGGAACUGGUGGAGGAUGGGGCUUGGAUUAGAAAUUAGUGUGCUGGAGAUCAUGAGCGCGGGCUCGAUUGAGAGGCUGGGAGCGAUAGCACUAGAAUCCUUGCGGUAUAAGAAUGUACCUAAAGAUGGGC